AUGUCUAAUCCUGAGAAAGCUCCUUUGAAUCCUGCUGGUGACCAGCAGGGAAGCGGCUUACUGCCUACCGCCCAGCCAGGCCAGCAGAACCCUCCUUACGAUAACUCUGCCCCUCCUGGCUACGAGCAAGGAGCCGCUGAGCUUCCUACCGACGAGAAGCAGCAGCAACCUCCUCAAUACGCUCCUCCUCCUGGAGCUGGGGUCGAAUCAUCACAAUCGGCUACGGACGAGAAGCGCAGACUGGACCAGCAAUACUUCCCUCCCCCUCCUCCUGGCCCUCCUCCUGCGCAAGAUCAACACCAGCAACCUGCCGCUCAUCCAAACCCUCUUCAGGGCAACCCAGUCAACGCUGCUCAGCAGCCCCAAGAGUCUCACAAGCCUCUCGAUACCCAGCAAAGCCAGCAAAACUACACCAUCCCACAGUACAACCCUGCUCAACCUGCUUUCGCUCCUCCUCCUACAAACCCUACAAACGAGCCGGUUCAGCCAACCACCACAGCUCCUACUCAUAGCGAGCCCGUCGCUCACAGUGCUGAUCAAGGACAUGGACAUGGCUUUUUCGGGCAUGGACACGGUCAAGAUGCAGGAAACACUUCUACGUUUGUCCCUCCCGAGGAAAACAAGAAGCCUGGCUGGAGCGAGCGUUUCAGCGCGCUUGGUAUGAAGGCUGCGGCACCCAUCAACAACUUGGCGCACAAGUUCGGUAGCCAAAGUUUCCUCCCCGAGACUCUUGAGAAGGAGUGUGACAAGGCCGCUUCUAUCCUAAAGUCCUUCUGCAAAAAUGGUGUCUAUGCCGACCCUACUUCAAGCCAGGUUCCCACAUCCACAGAUCCUAAGGCUGAAGCGACCAAUGACAAGAUUAUUGAUCCUACCAAGGAAAAGCCCAAGGAGCGAGUUCUUGUUAACAUCCCUCCCAAGGUUAUUGCCAAGGCUCAAGGUCUCGCCAUCUUCACUACCCUCCGUGCCGGCUAUGCCUUCUCUGGCGCCACUGGUUCCGGUAUUCUCAUCUCACGUCUCCCUGACGGAUCAUGGGGCCCACCCUCAGGUAUCCAGGUGCACUCUGUUGGCGCUGGUUUCAUGAUCGGUCUUGACAUCUACGACUGCGUUUGCGUCAUCAAUAGCCGAGAGGCGCUCAACGCUUUCGCCAAGACCCGCGUCGCUCUUGGUAGUGAUCUCGCUGUUGUCGCUGGUCCUUAUGGUGCUGGUGGUGCCGUUGAGAUCGGUGCUGCCAUGGACGGAAAGAAGUCUAAGGAGGCCAAGGAUGAAGAGGCUCCUCCCAAGCCUCCCCGACCUACCGAGGACAACCAGAACUUGAAGCCCGAGGAUGAGAAGCAGAAGAAGCGUCGCUCUUUGAGCGCCAGCGGUUUCAAACCUGUGUUUUCAUACGUCAAGUCUCGUGGCUUUUAUGCCGGUAUUCAAGUUGACGGCACAGUCGUGGUGGAGCGCAAGGACGCCAACGCUGCAUUCUAUGGCGAGCGCGUUUCCGUUGAGCAGAUCAUUCGAGGAGAGGUUCCUCGCCAGAGCCCAAACAGCAUGUGGCCCGCUGGCGCACGCAACCUCCUUGAGACCCUAAAGGGAGCUGAAGUCGGAUCUCUCAAGGUCAAGCACAGCAAGGAUGGUGCGUCCCCGACCAGAGACGGAUUCGGUGGCCUUUCUACCGACCCUUCGGUGCCAGUAACCUCGGGAGGCGUUCCUGGUGAUGCGGCGCAUCCCCCUGGUUAUGUUGAUGAUGGAGUUCACCGACCCGAGGUUGGAGAUGUCAAGUACCGUUAA